AAUUUUAUUCGUACAAUUGAAAAGUUCACAAAAUAUUAAGAAAAGCAGAUCAACAAGGCUGAAAGUGUUUUUUCAUUACAACGCAAGAAGUUGACAACAUUUUCCGGUUAUCGUUAACCUUGAAAAAAGGCGCUUUCACAAAGCGCAUAAAAAACAAGCAUGCCAGAUAGAUUUCAAGUGACAAAAACAGACGAAGAGACUGUAUUGGAUUAUCUUCAAGAUGAAUCGGCAAGUGGCAAACUGCUAGGAGAUACUCAUGAUGAGUUACAAGAUUCGCGUGAUGUCCACAGUGCAGAGGAAAAUCAGAAAUCAACAAUCGACCCCAAUUUGUACCUAUACGACGAUGACUUGGAGACCAGGCCACACAUUUCAACAUUCAUUUCAUCAAUUGCCAAUUAUGAAAACACGAUACCAGCGGCCACCGACCCAGAUGCAAAGCCACCACCGCCAUCGGCUCGAAUGGGAACUUUAAUUGGAGUGUUUUUGCCAUGCAUUCAGAACAUCUUUGGUGUCAUAUUAUUUAUUCGGUUAACAUGGGUUGUUGGUACAGCUGGAGCAAUUUGUGGAUUCUUAAUUGUGCUGACUUGCUGCUGUGUGACGAUGCUAACUGCGAUAUCUAUGUCAGCCAUUGCAACAAACGGAGUGGUGCCGGCAGGAGGAAGCUAUUUUAUGAUAUCUCGAUCACUUGGUCCUGAAUUUGGUGGGGCUGUGGGGAUGCUGUUCUAUACGGGGACAACGUUGGCAGCUGCAAUGUACAUUGUGGGCGCUGUUGAAAUCGUAUUGACUUAUAUGGCACCCUGGGCAUCCAUUUUUGGGGAUUUCACCAAAGACGCUGAAGCCAUGUAUAAUAACUUCCGAGUUUAUGGUACAUUGUUACUCAUAUUCAUGGGCUUAAUUGUUUUCUUGGGCGUCAAAUUUGUCAACAAGUUCGCAACGGUUGCCUUGGCCUGUGUAAUAUUUUCCAUAAUAGCCGUAUAUGUUGGCAUUUUUGACAAUAUCAAUGGCAACGAAAAGUUAUACCUCUGUGUGCUGGGAAAACGCGUUCUAAAAGAUAUCCCACUCGAGAACUGCACAAAGGAGGAUCCAAUGUUACAAGACUUGUAUUGUCCGGAUCACAAAUGUGACGAGUACUAUCAAAAUAACAAUGUGACCAAAGUGAAGGGUAUUAAGGGUCUUGCCAGUGGCGUUUUCUACGACAAUAUAAUGCCUUCAUUUUUGGAGAAAGGACAAUUUAUUGCAUACGGUCGCAAUUCCGUUGAUAUUGAAAAUAUUGGAGGUCAAUCAUAUAAUCAAAUUAUGGCUGAUAUAACGACAUCCUUUACACUGCUCAUCGGCAUAUUUUUCCCAUCUGUCACUGGCAUCAUGGCUGGAUCAAAUCGAUCUGGCGAUCUGGCUGACGCUCAAAAGAGUAUUCCCAUAGGCACAAUUUGUGCGAUUUUAACGACUAGUACUGUAUAUUUAACAAGUGUUUUGUUUUUUGCUGGCACUGUUGAUAAUCUACUACUUCGAGACAAAUUUGGACAGUCAAUUGGCGGAAAGCUAGUUGUGGCAAACAUUGCGUGGCCGAACCAAUGGGUUAUAUUGAUUGGAUCGUUUUUAUCUACUCUAGGUGCUGGCUUACAAAGUUUAACGGGAGCACCCCGUUUACUCCAAGCUAUUGCCAAAGAUGAGAUUAUUCCCUUUUUGGCACCAUUCGCAAAGUCUUCUAAUCGUGGAGAGCCGGUAAGGGCUCUGCUCUUAACUAUUGUAAUUUGUCAAUGCGGAAUUUUAUUGGGUAACGUUGAUCUACUUGCUCCACUGUUAUCCAUGUUUUUCCUCAUGUGCUACGGCUUUGUAAACUUGGCCUGUGCCGUACAAACAUUGCUAAGGACGCCCAAUUGGAGACCACGGUUCAAGUUCUAUCAUUGGAGCUUAUCCUUGCUCGGACUUACCUUGUGUAUAUCGGUUAUGAUAAUGACAUCAUGGUAUUUUGCACUUCUUGCCAUGGGCAUGGCGGUCGUUAUAUACAAAUACAUCGAAUAUCGAGGUGCCGAGAAGGAAUGGGGCGAUGGCAUUCGUGGAAUGGCUCUAACUGCAGCCAGAUACUCACUUCAGCGUCUUGAAGAAGGCCCACCACAUACCAAAAAUUGGCGUCCGCAAAUUUUGGUGCUUUCAAAACUCAAUGACAACCUAAUACCAAAGUAUAGAAAAAUAUUCUCCUUUGCCACUCAGCUGAAAGCUGGCAAAGGCUUGACAAUUUGUGUGUCUGUGAUAAAGGGUGAUCACACAAAAAUAACAAAUAAAGCCGUUGAUGCAAAAACCACACUACGCAAAUACAUGACAGAUGAGAAAGUUAAGGGUUUUUGUGAUGUUCUAGUUGCCCAAGAGAUCGGUGAGGGCCUAAGCUCAGUCAUUCAAACUAUUGGAUUGGGUGGAAUGAAGCCAAAUACCGUGAUCAUUGGUUGGCCGUAUAGCUGGCGACAAGAGGGACGAUACAGCUGGAAGACGUUUAUUCAAACAGUUCGUACUGUUGCCGCAUGCCACAUGGCACUGAUUGUUCCAAAAGGAAUCAACUUCUAUCCAGAAUCAAACCACAAAAUUGGUGGCAACAUUGAUAUUUGGUGGAUUGUUCAUGACGGUGGCUUGCUUAUGUUGCUGCCGUUCCUGCUAAAACAGCACAGGACUUGGCGUAAUUGCAAACUACGCAUUUUUACCGUUGCUCAAAUCGAAGAUAAUUCGAUCCAAAUGAAGAAAGAUCUAAAGACAUUCCUGUACCAUUUGCGAAUUGAAGCAGAUGUUGAAGUAGUUGAAAUGAAUAAUAGCGAUAUCUCUGCAUACACUUAUGAGAGAACUUUAAUGAUGGAACAGCGCAAUCAAAUGCUUAGAGCAUUAGGUUUAAACAAAAAAGAGAAUUCCAAAGUGGUACAAACAAUUGUAGACCACCAUUAUGACGCCGUAAAAACAGCGUCGAGGGUUCGGUUUGCCGAUCCUACCAUCGAAGAAACACAAAAUCACGAUACUCAUAACGAAGAGAAACGUAAUUCAAUUGAUUCAGAUGGUCCUGAAAGCGCGGAUGCACCUGAUAUAACAUCUAACAAAGAUGAAUCAACAGAGAAAACUGAUGAAAACAUGAAAUCCAGUGUGAAACCGGAUGAAUUCAAUGUUCGUCGUAUGCACACGGCAAUAAAACUGAAUGAAGUUAUAGUGGAAAAGUCUCAAGAUGCCCAAUUGGUUAUAAUGAAUUUACCAGGUCCUCCGAGGGAAGUGAGAGCGGAACGUGAAAGCAAUUAUAUGGAAUUCCUGGAAGUCUUAACAGAGGGUCUUGAGAAAGUAUUAAUGGUUCGUGGAGGAGGUCGUGAAGUAAUAACAAUUUACUCUUAAG